UGCCAACGAAGAUUUCGACGACCAUGGCGAAGGCAGUGGUGACUCUGUACGGCGACGACGCCACGGUGUAUGGCACCCUUGUGUUGUCCCAAUCGAACGAAGAUGCCAAGACCAUAGUUGCGGGCUCCUUGAAGGGUCUAUCAGCUGGUAAGCAUGCUCUGCACAUCAACGUCUUUGGCGACGUGUCGAACAACGGUGCGUCCACUGGUGGCGUGUUCAACCCGUUUGGCAAGAGCCAUGGUGCCCCCGACGAGGAAGAGCGUCGUGUGGGUUCCCUCGGCAACAUCCAGGUUGACGAAGAAGGCAACGCCAAGGUGCACAUCGAAGACCCUCUGCUCAAGCUUAUCGGUCCGCACUCUGUCAUCGGCCGUUCUGUCGUGGUCCAUGAAAACGAAGACGACUUGGGCAAGGGUGGCCAUGAACUUAGCUUGCAAAACGGCAACGCCGGCCCCAUCAAGGCCUUCGGUGUCAUUGGUAUCUCUGCUUAAUGCACAUCUCAGUUUUGACCCCCAUGCCUCGAGGCUGCACGCAGUGCAUGACUUAUCUCCACGCUCUUCCCUCCGUCUUCAAUAGCACAUGCAGUUCACGGCGAGGCAUGGUGUGAAAGAAAUUAACCAACGGAAAACCCGAUG